UUCUAAGGUCUACAAUUUAAAACGGCUUUCCAUACAGUGCGUCUUCCACCCCGAGAACAUGUUGAGUUUUUGUUUGCGUGGAAGCACAUUUUAGAUAGAGCUCUGCUCCUGUGAAUGAAAGACCCUCCCUUGUUGCUGCGACGCCUGGUUCUUCAGACCGUCAUCGCAAGCGAUCCGCUUGAAUGGGACUUCUGACUAUUCAAAGCAACAUCGAUUGUGCAUACCUUUUUAAAGGCCACUGGAAUUGCUGAAGGCAAGAUCUGGUGCUGGUUCGUCUGUUCGUUCUCAAAGAAAACGGACGUGUAACGGGGUUUUUGUUUUCCAGGGGAAGCUGUAACACAAUAGGGACGCUGGAGUUAUGAAGGCUCGACGGAUGACUGGCGCUGUCCGUUCAGCACCACCCUGCGCCCAAUGACACCAUAAAAAAACCAUUCCUGACGCCCUCAAACCCGAGUCGGGGGGGAUAUUGGGGUAUUGGAGGGUAAACGCGUUCGCAUCUUAGAAGUCAUUCAAGGGUUUUGGAAUUCUGUUGUUGGCAUUGACACUUUGAGGCGCACCUGGCACGAUCGUAAACACAUUUGAAUUUUCUGAACAUGGGUCGCAGCGCUAUGAUGACGGUCCACGGGUUGGAGAUAUGACUAGAGGGGUACGCGAUGGGCCAAGGGGACGACAAGGAUCGCAUCGUGAUCAACGUCGGAGGAAUCAAGCACCAGACCUACCGCAGCACCCUGCGCACCCUGCCCGGCACUCGACUCUCCUGGCUGGCGGAGCCCGACGCGCUUAAUAACUUCGAUUAUGAUGCAAACAUCGGGGAGUUUUUCUUCGACCGUCACCCCGGCGUUUUCUCCCACAUUCUUAACUAUUAUCGCACGGGCAAGCUGCAUUGCCCGGCGGACGUGUGUGGACCUUUGUAUGAGGAAGAGCUGGCGUUUUGGGGGAUCGACGAGACAGACGUGGAACCGUGUUGCUGGAUGACCUACCGGCAGCAUCGAGAGGCGGAGGAGGCUUUGGACAGCUUCGCCGGAGUUGCUCUGGAUCUCGGGCAUGAAGACCCGGAGCCUGAGGGGGUUGCUGAGGCGUCCGAGGGGGAUGAGGGCGUUGAGAUGACCCGGAGACUCGCGCAAGGCGACUCGCCCGAUAACAGGUCCGGACGCUGGAGCAGGUGGCAGAAAAAGACGUGGGCGCUCUUUGAGGACCCGUACUCCUCAAAAUACGCACGGUGGGUAGCAUUUGCAUCUUUGUUCUUUAUUUUGGUGUCCAUUACCACAUUCUGUUUGGAGACUCAUGAGGCCUUCAAUCCCAUCAUCAACCACACAGAGACUUACAUGGUGGGCAAUGAAACGAGGGAGCGUGUCUUUCCCGUGACGGAGACUAUGGUGCAGUUAACCUACGUUGAGGGUGUCUGUGUUGUGUGGUUCACUUUUGAGUUUCUAAUCCGAGUGACUACCUGUCCAAACAAAUUAAAAUUUGUCAGAAAUGCCCUCAACAUUAUAGAUUUUGUGGCCAUCCUCCCCUUCUACCUGGAGGUAGGGCUGAGCGGACUCCCCUUCAAAGCAGCAAAAGAUGUGCUGGGUUUCCUCCGUGUGGUACGAUUCGUUCGAAUUCUCCGUAUAUUCAAGCUGACGCGACACUUUGUGGGUUUGCGAGUACUAGGGCACACACUUCGUGCCAGUACCAAUGAAUUUAUCCUCCUCAUUAUUUUCCUUGCACUCGGAGUCUUAAUCUUUGCCACUAUGAUCUACUAUGCUGAACGUUUUGGAAGAAACCUCAAUGAUCCUUACGCCAGUAAUGACACACACUUCAAGAACAUCCCCAUUGGCUUUUGGUGGGCUGUGGUAACAAUGACAACUCUUGGCUAUGGCGAUAUGUACCCUCAGACAACAUCUGGCAUGCUGGUGGGUGCACUGUGUGCUCUGGCAGGUGUGCUGACGAUUGCCAUGCCUGUACCUGUAAUUGUGAACAACUUCGGCAUGUACUACUCCCUAGCCAUGGCGAAACAAAAACUACCAAAGAAAAAAAAUAAACAUAUCCCACGAGCACCUCAACUGGGGUCUCCCAACUACUGCAAGUCAGCGAUUAACUCCCCACGACCCAGCACACACAGUGACACAUGCCCCCUGGCGCAGGAAGAGGUCUCUGAGAUCAGAUACCAAGAUUUUAAAGUGAACGGGGAGCCUUCCAAAGCUGCCCUGGCCAAUGAGGACUGUCCUCACAUCGACCAGGCAGUGUCGCCCGAGGAAGUAUUCAGCCCUGUGGACCGUGAGAGACCAUGCUUCCUGCUCACCUCCGGAGGAGAACGAGCCAGUCACACAGGGGGGAGAGUCAGGAAGGAUUCACAAUGGCGGGUGGUCCUGGUGAACUUCACAAGAGAUGCAGCAUGGGAUAUGGGGCAUGUGAUCACAUGGCAAGAACUCAGCCAGUCAGAAGCUCUCAGUUGAACAUUAACAGCAAACAGGUGCCAUUAGCCAUGAUACCCUACUGAAAAGACCAGUUUCCUAGCAUGAAUUCCCAUGCUUAUCCAGGCUUGUUAUGUGCUGGUCCAACUUUUGGGGCCAGAAUGGUGAUGCUGGAUGACAAAAGAAGACUUGCUGGAAGAGCUAGUUAAGUAGUUUUCUCUGGACACUGCUACCAGUAUGCAUAACACAACCAAUUAUGCUGGUCAUUUCAACAGGGUGGUCAAGAUAAGACUAUGCCAGGGAAUCAAAGUCUUUCCUUAACUCUUGCAAUAAAGAUAACACAUUGAGGACAAGAAAGUGUUAGUCUAAGCAUUAAGUAAAAGUGAAAUACUUCUGUUGCUUGUUAGUCCCGUAGUUAGCCCUAUAUUUAACAGAAGUAGCAUCAUCUGGUAGUUAAGCAGCUGCACUACCAAAAAACUGGUUGUACAUAUACGAUUGUUUCUUGUUGGGCUGAUGUGUCUGGCUGAGUUCUUUGAUGUCUAUCUGAACCUGUGUUGUGCUGUACAGCACUGUGAAACCACCUCAUGCAUGCAGUAGACAGUUUGAAGUAUAGAAUGCACGGAGGAUGAUGCAGUUGACUUGGCAAUCAGUCACUGUCAACUGGCUAACAAUGCACAUAACAAGUACAAUGUCAAAGCAACACUAACCAAAUCUAAUCUGUGCA